AUGGCUUGUGGUACAAUCAUCGACUCGACACCAGCUAUAGUCAAGCACUGGCAAAAGAUAGGAAAGGAGAUUGGCGUCGAUCCUGAUGUUAUUCUUGCUACAUCCCACGGCCGCAGAUCGAUCGACGUGCUCCAGAUCUAUGAGCCGAAGCUCGCUAACUGGGAAUACAUCUCCCACGCAGAAGGCCUGAUACCGAAAGAAUUCGGGGGAGACGCUAUCGAGAUUCCCGGAUCCCGAGCCCUGCUAGAGAGGCUAGAAGAGGAGGUGGUUCCAUGGUGUAUUGUCACUUCGGGCACACGACCGCUUGUUCAAGGCUGGCUUGAUGUUAUGAAGCUGGCGCAUCCUAAGAACCUCGUCACUGCAGAAGAUGUACUUAACGGCAAGCCGGAUCCUACUUGCUAUCAGAUGGGAGCAAAGAAACUGGAUCUCCAGCGAAAGGAGCCGUCUAUCGUGGUCUUUGAGGAUGCACCAGCGGGGGUUCGAUCAGGCAAGGCGGCAGGGUUCGUCGUAGUCGGCCUGUACACGACCCACACGCUAGAACAGCUAGUGGAAGCCGGCGCAGACUAUAUAGUGAAAGAUAUGGAGAGUGUCAAACUGAAGAGCUGGGACAAGGCAUCUGGGGUGGGAGAGAUGCAGAUUACAGAUGCCUUGGAAUAGGCGAGUAUCUCCGGGCGUCUGUCGAAGGUCGUGUGGCAUAAUGUGGAUGGAAAGAGACAUAGAUUACCAAUGACAGGUAUAGAUGACUGUCCCGCCAAUGACUCUUUUACUUG